AUGCCGAGCAGUUUUGCCAAGAUCAAUGCGUCUAUGGCCGGCAAAUUUGAAGAUGCCGACAAGAUACCUCAAUGGAUACGCCACCAUGGCGGUGUUUUCUCCAAAAUGGUAGACUCAAACACAACCCACCUCAUCGUGACCGAAGAUUCAUUCAAGAGAAAUGUCGAAGCAGUCAAAGACGCCAAGAAACUUGGUACAGUCAAGAUUGUGAGAUCCGACUGGCUCUAUGACUCUCUCCAGCAGAAAUCCCUUCGCCCAAAGGAUGCCAAACCAUACCUUUGGGAGAAGAUUCUAGAGGAUGAAAUGAGGCCUCGGAAGAAACAGAAACUGGCAGCUGCUUCGAAGCCUCCAUCCAAGAAGGUUCAACGCAAGAAGCCACCGAAGGACCCUUUUCUGAAAAAGAAGCCUGCUCCUCGUUCUAAGACUGUCGUUCUGCCAAAAGAUGAGAUUUAUACCAAUCCAGACACAAAAGAGGCCUGGGACGCCACAUUGACGCGCAUCGGUCCAAAACUUCGGCGUGAGAAGUUUCGCCUGGCAAUCUUUCAAUCAAUUGAAGAGACACCGACCUAUUCCGCUUAUGUCAAGUACAGCCGCACUGGAACCGGGAAUGUCUCGAUUCUAGCUCCUCCGCAAAGCUGCCUGGAUCUUGCCAAGGCGAGCUUUGAAAAGUUCUUCUUGCUUCAGACGGGACUGGAAUGGGCUCAAAGAUGGGAAAACCAGCCGCGAUCCCCAAAAAGGAACAGUGAAGGGGUUGUCUUGCCGUCCCAUGAAGGCUGGUAUACCCUCGAAAGGGGAAGUAUCAUGUCAGAGUACAUGAAGGGCCCUUCCCUGCCGCUCGCCACCCCAGCGGCAGCUCCUACUUUGAUUGAUAGCGGGGAUGCAUUGACCUCAGUCGAUAAACAUAGCUUACCUGGGGAGGGAAACAUUUUCACCUUUGAUCAUGAUAACAGCGACGAUGGUUAUGCUGAAUCGUUGAAGAGUUACACCCCGUCCCCGCCUCAGUUUGCACCCAGUGAACCAUCUGAUGAGCUCAAAGUCACGACUUUUAUCAGAAACGCCAAGUCUCUGACUGAAUACAGGGCCAGUGAACCAUCUGAUGACGGUAAAGCCGAGUCUCUCAAGCGAAGCGUGCAGUCGCUGCCUGACUUUGGACCCAGUGGAUCAUCUGAUGAAGCUAGAGCCGCCUUUUUCAAAAGAAUCCCCCCCUUCUCCCUGUCUCGACGUGAUUCUCCGAUCAUUGAGGAACCUGUCUUGGUUGACGUUGAAAAGUUGAAAAGAAGUGCCGUGGUUCUGCUUGAGUCCGCUUCAAGCCGACAACUUGAUGAUGGCGAGCUUAUGGAUGUCGCUAUUGACUAUCAACUUGACGAGGAGAAAGUAAAUGAGGUCGAAGACGAGAUUGCGGAUGAGGUCGAGUAUGGGAACGGGAAGGAGCAUGGAGCAGAUUAUGGGUUCACGGAUGAGAAUAGGGAUGAGAGUGAGAUUGUGGAUGAAUGGGGUCUCUUGGCUGGCAAUGAAGGCUAA